CACAGUGCAGAAUUACCUGGAGCGUUGGACCACAGGAAUAAAUAAAUAAAAGAUAAAAUAAAUAUUAUAAAGAAGAGAACGUGGGAGGACACAUGCUUGGUGGAGGCUCGUGGAAAGCACAAGUUCCUCUUCUCAUUUGCUUUCUUUCUUAGCUGUUACCUUUUGAUGUGCGAGAGAAAGAAAGGAUAUUUACUUAGCAAGGUUAAAAGAUGGAUCAGUGGAAUAUAACAAAUGAUUUCUCUCAACCUGUAGCAACAGCAACAGACAUGGCUCCUUCAUCUUCUGAAUCCAGCAGAAAUAGACUAGAAGCCGAAGCCAAGGAUCCAAUUGCUGCAAAAAAAGUUCAGAAGGCAGAUCGUGAAAAAUUGAGGAGAGACCGACUAAAUGAGCAGUUCCUUGAGCUGGGAAACACACUAGACCCAGAUAGGCCCAAAAAUGAUAAGGCAACCAUUUUGACUGACACAAUUCAAAUGCUGAAGGAUCUGACAGCUGAAGUCAGCAGACUAAAGGCUGAAUAUGCCACACUCUCAGAAGAAUCACGGGAGCUAAUGCAGGAGAAGAAUGAGCUGAGAGAAGAAAAGGCAUCUUUAAAAUCUGAUAUUGAAAAUCUAAGCGUGCAGUAUCAACAAAGAGUCAGGGUUAUGUUCCCAUGGGCUUCUGUUGAUCCUUCUGUUGUUGUGGGUCCGACUUACUCAUAUCCUGUUCCUCUACCUGUCCCACCUGGCCCAAUUCCCAUGCAUCCUUCACUGCAGCCAUUUCCCUUCUUUGGGAAUCAGAAUCCUGGUGCAAUUCCUGGUCCCUGUUCAACCUUUAUUCCAUACCCAGCUCCUGCUAAUCCUCCAACUGAACAUGCAUCACUUCCAUAUGCUUCUACUUCCAAUACUUUGAGCAAACAUGAUUCCAAAAGCAAGUCAGCAGAUCAUCCAAGGAGCAGCAGUGCAGAACGAUGUGAUGAUUCGAAUGAUGUUGCAACAGAACUUCAACUGACAAUGCCUGGAUCAUCAGCCCAACAGGAUACUUCAACCGGAGAAAGGAAAGGCAAACCGUUGCAGAGGAAGGAGAGAAAUAUUACACCUGGUAGCACCUCGAGUGGGUAUUCUACAUCUCAUGGUGUUCAGGAUAACUCUUCUAACAGUGUAGGAGAUGUCCCAAAACCUAAUAAUUGAUAUGCUGAUUGGCUCCCAUUAGCUUCUCAAACUACUAACUCAUAAGGGUAGUGUACGUUGGAAGCUGUGGCUGUAACAUGUUUGAUAUCACUUCUGACCCAACACCCAGCUUGGAAGUAAGGCAGGUUACGCAGGUACCUAAUUAGCAACAUUUGACAUUGGGGAUAAGGAUAAUCACCCAUUUGUCCUUGGGUCAGUGGCAACCAAAGAACCUGGAUAGAGUUUGCUUCAGAGAUGUCUGUAGAUCUUUUCUAGGCUUGAGAGCAUGCUGGCUAGUUGGUUAUAAGUGAAAAAUAAUUUCUAAUUAUGUACAGAAGGGCCAGGGUCUUUACUUGACAGACUAGUUUAGCUGGAAACGCUGCUUUCAGUUGUAACCUCCUUUUUUGCAUCAUUAUUCCAGUUCACAUUUGCUAUUAUCCCGUUGUAAUUGAUAGCUCAAUAGUGGCUGUGAAAACUGUAUCCAAAAAGCACAACUCAUUUGUUGUGGAUGUAUGAACUAUAGUUGAAGAAAUGCCAUUAAUUCUUUCUCGUUAA